UUUCAACACUACUAUAUAACAAAUAAUUUGAGAAAAGUUAGAAGGUAAUGGAAUCAGCAGCAGCGCUGCUUCUGAAGAAACAGCUUGUAGAGUUGCAGAAAUCCAGUACAGAGGGGUUCUCAGCCGGACUAGUGGAUGAUAGCGAUCUCUUCAAAUGGGACGUCAUGGUCAUUGGACCUUACGAAACUUUCUACGAGGGAGGUUACUUCAGAGCUAUCCUACAGUUCCCAAAGGAGUAUCCAAACCGUCCCCCAGUCAUGAAGUUUGUCUCCGAGAUGUGGCAUCCCAAUGUUGAAAAGAACGGAGUGGUGUGCAUCAGUAUCCUGCACGAGCCGGGGGAGGAUGCGUACGGUUACGAGGAUGCGGGGAUGAGGUGGCUCCCAAUCCACACUAUCGAGACUAUCCUUAUCAGUGUUAUCAGCAUGCUCGCAGAUCCUAACGAUGAAUCUCCCGCUAACGUGGAGGCAGCGAAACAGUUUAGAGACGACUACAACGGUGAGUUCAAGAAACGAGUCCGAGCCUGCGUCAGAAAGAGUCAAGAGUUUUAAGAGUUGUUCGAGGACCACCACAUGGUGACGUCUGCAGAAGACGAAGAGAGAAAAGGGACACUGAGGGCCCGGCCGGGGUGUGGCACAUUUCUCAUCACCCUCACCUACCACCACCGCUUAUAGUUGUGCCGGCUAUUAUUGACUGCUUUCAAUGAGACUGAUACGAUCGAGGAGUAGUAAUUCAAAAUUGUGAGACUUUUUUGACGUCUUUGGGUUGGUGGCAGCUAGUGAGCAGUGUGCUCGACAUGCACUUUCCAAGCUUCCUUAUUUAAUUUCAUGAACCUUUUAUUUGUGAGAUACCGCAUGUUUGGUUCUUCAGCGCCCCAAAGGGCCGGAUCUGCUGUCGAGUCGUUUUGGGUUUGGGUCAGAAGGUUGUUCUGGAUAAACUUUUCGGCGCUUUGUUUUCGUCGUUGAGAUGACUUUUGCUGCCACUUUGGUAUUGUUUCUUGGGUACAAAAUUAAAAUUACGAGAUUAUGGUAAAAUACGAAGUGCAAUUCUCUCAAUGAUUGAUUAACGUGAUAUAUAUUGUAUGUAUUUUAAGUUUAGUUAGUCAAUAAAUGAUUAAACCUCUAA